AUGUCAUCCUACGAGCUGCCAGCCAAGGUCGCUCAUGGUAAUCUGGGCUGCGAAGCCCACGGCUUGGUAUCCUGUUCAAAGUGUUGCGUGGCCCUUAGCUUCAUGCUCGGAGAGGAAGACGAGAACAAGUCGAAUGUCUGCAUUCGUGAAGAUGGAGCAAGGAGGAGCUCUACGGAGUCUCUUGCGAAUAUCAUUCGCGGGGAAUCCCAUGGACAAAAUCAAAACGUACCAUCUCCGCUUGCCAUACUCCCUUCCGCCACCCUUUCCCAGAUCCGCCAUGUCCGGACGUUUGGGAACUCAAUGCUGCUCGAGGUGUUUGAACACGAUGAUUUCGUCGACUACAGGCUUGUAUGGCUACUCAAGCUUUUGCCAGCACUACACUUAGAUGACCUCACCGUUAUCGGGCCAAUUGAUGGCAAAAUUGCAUACGAUACUCUCCAGGGGCUGAUUCAGUAUGGGAAUGGAUGGAGGACGUUGCGAUUUAUCUCGCAGCAUUGGUCAGUACUCAGCUUUUCAAUAAAAGCAGAUAUCUAUGGUGCAGAACCACACUGGCGCAGUCCCAAACCAAGCACCCCAGAAGAAAAGAUUAUACACCAGCGCGACGGUGCACAGUCCGGGGCGUCCGUCACCACCUACUCCUCUGCAGGAUUAGAUGUAUUUGACACGGUUCUGACCUUCCAACCCCGUCAAAUAUCCACGCAAGAGGCAUCGUCUCCCAAAGCCCUAGCAACAAGUGUCGUAGAAGAAGACGAGGCGUUAUCGACAGCAAUCAAGAACGGUAAAGAGCUGCUAGUAGUUGUGAGGCGUGGUCAGGGGGCAGAUAUUUCAGAGGAAGAGCAUUGGCCGUAUACGUUGGAGCACGAUAUGCGACAUUGGGCACAUGGUAUAACUUGGGCGGAGAUCAGGCCUAGAUAUAUGAAUUUCGGCCAAGAGGACUUGGGGGACGAGGACGACAACGACAACAUGGAAGAAAACAUUGACGUCUGCGAAGGGGAAAAUGGCGAGGAUUUAUUUCCUAUACCGAUAGCGGAGCUGAGGACGAGAGUCUGA